CCUGGCUGGGCGCCCGCCGGUUGCUCGCGGACUCGUACGCGCUGCCCUAUAUAAGCGCGUGAGAUGAGGCAUUUCUCCCUCAUCAUCGUCUUUGGUCCCCAACACCGCUAGUCGGGUUCAGUCUUUCGCUUCACCGUCUUUUCGGCCUUACGUUCGCUUGUUCCUCAGCCCUUCCCCGUCGUUUUUUGUACGUUUGCACCAUGAAGUUCACCUCUACUGCUGCUUCUGCCGCUGCGGCAUUCGCUCUCAUUCAGCCUGCCCUUGCGCAUUACCGCUUCACCUCCUUCAUUGCGCCGGAUGGCACUGUCACGGACGCGUACGAAUACGUCCGCCAGAACACGAACAACAACAGCCCUGUCGAGGAUGUGACGAGCACUGACCUUCGCUGCAAUGUCGGCGCGUCCUCCGGCGCCGGAACCUCGACGUACAACGUUACUGCUGGCGACACGGUCGGUUUCCAGUCUGCCCAGGCGGUCUUCCACCCGGGCCCCUUCGGCAUGUAUCUCGGCAAGGUGCCCGACGGCGAGACGGCGGCGACCUGGGACGGCUCGGGCAGCAACUGGUUCAAGAUCUGGGAGCUCGGCCCCGACAUCGAGCCUGGCUCGUUUACCUUCGACACGACCAUGACCCAGUGGACGACGGCGAUCCCAAAGACGAUCCAGUCGGGCGACUACCUGCUCCGCAUGGAGCACAUCGGCCUGCACUCGACGGGCGACCCGCAGUGGUACAUCUCCUGCGCGCAGCUGGCCGUCUCUGGUGGUGGGAGCGCGAGCCCGGCGACUGUUGAGAUUCCGGGCUACAUUGCUGCUGGUGAUGAGAGCAUCGAGAUCAACAUCUACUAUCCAAUCCCGACCUCGUACGACAUGCCGGGCCCAGCAGUCUUCACGGACGGCACGAGCUCUGGCUCAAGCAGCGCUCCUGCUUCGUCCGCGCCUGCCACCUCGGCUGCCGCCUCCACCUCCGCUGCUGCCUCCACCUCUGCCGCUUCCUCCACCUCGGCGCCUGCGACGUCCGCCGCGGCACCCAGCUCCUCUGCUGCUGCUCCGUCCUCGUCCGCCGCCGCCUCCGAGCCCGCCACCUCCGCGGCUGCCUCGACUUCCGCCGCAGCCUCGACCUCUGCAGCUUCCACUUCUGCUGCUGCUUCCACCUCUGCUGCGGCUUCCACCUCCGCUGCCGCCACCUCUGCCGCUGCCUCCUCCAGCGCGCCCGCGUCGACCUCCACCGGGUCGUCCGGGUCGUCUGGAAACACCUACAACAGCUGCUGGGUCGACUACAACAAGUGCGCCGCCCAGGCCAACGCGGCGCCCAACACCGGCGGCAACGUCGACUUCUCCGCCUGCGAGAGCCAGCGCACCGCCUGCCUCGCCACGAUCGCGCGCCGCGCUCACCGCCGUAUGAUGCCCGACCGUCUGUAAGGGAUAAGGUUGUAUUUAUGGAUAGACUGGGUCUGCUUCAUGGGUGAAUUGGGAUUGCUCUCAUGGUGCUUUGCUUGUAUAUAAGACAGCUGUAUUCCCUGUACAGGUGACGAGAAUACAGUAGGAUUUCG